CGGGCGGAGCACCAAGGUAACGGGUGUGAAACAUCUGACAUCUGGAAGAGAACCAACUGCACUCAGGCCACCAUAGCCCUUAAGCUCUUUUUGCUUUUGCUUUUGCUUGCAAAAUUUCCCUAUUUUUUAGGGGGCGGAGGCGCAACAGGGCAAGCUAGUCUUGUGUCGAUUUUCUUUCUCUUCUUUUCGAGCGAGCGAGCGAAGAAGUAAAGGUGUGAAGGAAGGGAUGCUCGCAGAAAAUGAGCUAGCGAAGGAAGAAAGUUGGGGAAGGGAGUGACACGGAGGGAAGGAGGAAGAGGAAGAGGGAGAGAGGGAGGGAGGGAGGGAGGGAGGGAGGGAGCAAAGAAGGGAGGGAAGGAGGAAGGAGGAAGAGGUAGAGAGGGAGAGACGGAAGGAGCAAAGAAGGGAGGGAAGGAGGAAGGAGGAAGAGGGAGAGAGUGAGGGAGCAAAGAAGGUAAGGCGAAGUUCAACGCCAUGACGGUGACGGCUGCCAUGGCCGCGGCAAUCGCCGCCGCUGCGGAGGAGGAGGCGAUCAUACGGCAGAGGUUGCUGACUAGGACAACAGUGACACGUGGCGAACCGCCGUUGCGUAAGCUGUUGAAGCGUUUCGCGGCAUUCGCGGCUGCAGCGGAGAAUGAGAAAACUUCGGUCAAGGAUUGCGCCAAGGCUAGCGAGGCUUUUCUGAGAGAGCUGGACUUCUAUUACCUCUCUCUGGAGAGGACUAAUUCCGUGCAAGAUGCGAACACAAGAGAGCAACAAAACUUCGUCAAGCUGAGGGAGAGUCUGCAGAGGUCUAUCGAGAACGAGCAGGCCGAGAUCGAGUCCUCAAAGCUGCAGCUGGAAGACGCAAAGCAGACGCGGCAACACAAGGUAGAGUGUGAGGCAAUCCGACGGUUGAUAACCGCCGAGCCAGCGAGAGAGCUGUCUCAGAAAGCCAUCUCUGUUCUUGAGGCAGACAUAGCCGGGCUUGAGCGGGAAUGCCUUUCCAUAACGAAGACGCUCGACUUGCGGAGGAAACAAUUCGCUCUUCUUCUUCACGCGGUGGAGGAGCUGCAGAGUGAAAUCGGGAUCGGGACGCAAUCGGAAGAUGCCAUGUCGUCGGCGGCGGGUCUCGCGGCUCCGAGUUCGGUCGCCUCCGCCGUUCCUUCGCCGGCGAUGGCGCAUGGUUCCGCAGCGCCGGUGACCCUUCCGGCUGGCGCUAUAGCUGUCAUUGACGUCCCCGACGAUGACGUGGCUCCCAUGGAUGCCAGCUAGCAGCCUUCGAGUCCUGUCAUUUGCUCCAUAAACCAUGAUGACGUGGCGGCAUGUCCAUGAUGACGUGGCAGCAGUGGAGGCGUUCCAAUUAAUCUCUGAUAGACCAUGAUGACGUGGCAUCAGUGGAGGCUUUCCAAUCGUCAUUGAUGUGUCUGAACGUGAUAUGGGGAAAUGCGCCUUCAGAUGCGGAUCGCCGCCGGCCAGUUGUUCCGCGCGUGAACAGGCGCGGAUUCUCGCGCGCUGAGCGCGGAAGGCGGCCGGGUAAGCCGGGGGCACUCGCGCAAGUCCCCCCCUUUCCCCAAGCUGCAAGUGGAAAGCUGGAGAUCCACUCCACGCAGGAGCACAUCAUCGUCGCCGGAUGCCAGCUGGGAAUGACAACCCCCUAUAAUCGACAGCGCUGCAUGGAUAUGUAUUAGAUGGGGUUCUCUGGCGCUUGCGUGAUCUGGCCGCUCCUUCGAUUGGCUUCGACUGGCUUUGAUUGGCAUUUUGCGGUCUCCCCUCCCCUCCCCUCCCUCUACUACCAUCGGAACGGUCGUGCGGAACGAAUGUGAAUGCGCACGAUGUUCUGCCGUCCUCCCCUGAACACAACGCACCGUCAUAAUGAACGUAUACAAGCUACCUUCCCGGUUCGAUACAAUGCACGAUGAGGGUGCGUUGUGUUCGGGGGAAAGACGGGACUAUUGAUUGCGAUCCCGAUCGUCGAACUCAGGUCUGGUCCCACUAGGUCUUUUUACUGCAGUAAUUAUCCUGAUGACCAAAGCGAUUAGCCGAAGGGCAGGAGUCGCAAGGGUGGUAUUUGCUGUUGGAAGUCACGUUCUGUCAGGGCUCUCUGCCUGCUUGUGCACUUGAAGAGGUUCAUUUCGCUGAUUUUUGCCCUGAGGACGUGGUUGGUAAUUAGCCGGAUUGAUGUGCCAGCUGGCAUCGU